AUGAAUAAUCCUCGGUCGAUCUUUACCGGUAGUGCCGCAGCACCUUCAUUAACACGCAACCCAUCGACGCGACGACUGAGUACACCAGAGUAUAACGAAACGUUCGGAACCGAUCCUCCGCCGCUUCAGCAUCACCUCGCUUCGAUCUCUGCCGACGGCAGUAACCACGACCAGCUUGCUUCAUGGAGGCCGAUAUCUAACGGGACUGAUCAACCUAUACCACAGCGAACGACCGCGUCACAGCUUCAGAAGACCGGCUCCUUCCCGGAGGGAUUGAAGAUCAAACCGCCGCCGCCGCCACGAAAGCGAAAGAUAUCCCAAGUACAGGGGGAAUCCGCUAGCACCAGUCAGCAACGCCCCAUCGAACCGCUCAGCAAGCGGCGCCGCCUACCGCCCUUCUCCCGUCACACCCUCGACCAGUUCAGCUUUCUGCAACCUGCCGUUGUCUGCGGCCAACCCCCUUCGCCUUUGUUCUUUUCCAGCAGUAGGACACGACCACACUUGCCGCCGCGCUUCUCGAGCUCGGAGGCGGCGGCAAGGAUGCUGUGCAAGACAAAUGGUGAGGAUGGCGGCAUCAAAACUGUCACUCUUGCCCGCGGUACUUUCACAGGCGCCAGUCCGCCUGCCGUGACGAGCGAUUCGAGAAUCAGGGGCUCUGUUGACCGGACAGGAUCUUCAGACGGGAGGGAGAGAAACGAUACGUUACGGAUACUCGGCCAGGUUGGCAUUGUGGAGCUGUUGGAGCAGGAUCAGCGGCCUACAUUUGUGGUGGACCUGGGAGACGCGAACACCUAUGGCCCAGGACCGCUACAGAUAAUAUUCGCCAAUGCAUGUUUACGGACGAGCCCAGCUUUGAUGGAUAUGGUCUCUGGCAGAAGCACAAGCGACUCGCCUGGAUCGUUCUCCUCCCGAGCCUUUACCUCAUUCAAGAGCUGGGUGUUGAGUAGUGUAUCGAACGGUGAAGCUUUAGACGUGUGCUUGCCGCCAUACACGCACGGCAGUAUAAUAUGGUCAUGCUCAAUAUUAAGGAGAAGGUUCCGGGUCGUCAGUGGCAGUCCAUCGCCAUCACUGAUACCGUCAAGCAAUCAUUCGCACACAAACCCUGCCGAAAAUCCGCCAACUUCAAGUACAGCAACGUUCAGCGCGAGCGAGGUGCUGGAAAGCGCCUCAAUUCCUUCAGCGCCGAGCGCGCCCAUGUCAGAACAUAAGGAGGCCGGUGACUAUUUUGGUGAUGCUGCUCCACUGCCUCCAGAAAAACCAGCCACGGAUGUGGUGAUGCCAUCCGUCGAAUCGCCAGGCCCGAAGGCGCGCAAACCCAUAGGAUGGACCCGCAAAGGAUUUGUCCGCGGCCAGGACGUCUCUGCAUUAGACGGCCAAUCAUCCCUGAUGAACGAGUGCGUCCUUCAAGUCUCCACUGAGGGAGAUGUUAAUCUGGUCUCCAGAAACCCACCCACGACUCCUCCCCAUGAGGUCGGUUUCUUCGACUGGACUCGCUUACCUGUCUCCGCCAACCUCCCUCGACAUAUACAGUUCGCCCGCAGUAUUGACUGGGAAUCUACACCUCUUGGUCCUAUUGAACUCUGGUCUUCCGACCUGCGGCAGAUGUGCAACCUUAUCAUGGCAAGUCCGCAUCCGGCGGCGAUGUACUGGGGCAAUGAUUUAGUGGCCAUCUACAACGAAGCCUAUGUGAUGCUUGCGGGCCAGAAACACCCGAAGCUUAUGGGCCAGCGUUACCGCGAGGCCUGGGCGGAAAUCUGGGACGAUGUUAGAGAAGUAUUUGCGAACGCGAGAUCUACCGGCCAAGCUACGAUGAAGGACGACGAUCGGCUAUUCAUCAAACGUAGUAAUUAUCUGGAAGAGACGUACUUCUCUUGGUCUAUUAUUCCAAUGGUUGGUGGCGACGGCACGGUCAUGGGCUUGUACAAUCCCGCUUUCGAGAAGACACGGCGGAAGAUCGCUGAAAGGCGCAUGUUGACGUUACGCGAAGUCGGUGAGCGGACCGCCUCGGCACGUGACGUUCGAGCAUUCUGGGAACAGGUGUUAGCGGCGCUGGAUACUAACGAAUACGAUACCCCCUUCGUCCUUUUGUAUUCGGUCUCAGACGACAACGACAGCGAUUCGUCUUCGAUAUAUUCCAGCAGCUUAGUGGGAACCAAGCAGUGUUUCUUAGAAGGUGCAUUAGGCGUAGAAAAAGGACAUCGCUCUGCCCCGGAGCAGAUUGACCUCAAGACUGGCGUGGAAGGGUUCGGUCCAGUGUUUAGGGAGGUCAUGAAGACUGACAAGCCGGUACUGUUGGAGGUUGGGACGGGAGAUCUUCCCUCUGAGCUGAUGGAGAAUUUGGGGUGUCGAGGGUUUGGAGACCCUUGCAGAGCAGUUGUGGUAUGCCCCGUUCAUCCCACAACAGGAGACUCAUCAGUACUCGGCUUCCUCGUAAUGGGCAUCAACCCGCGGCGGCCGUACGAUGACGACUACAGCCUCUUCAUCCAGUUGCUAAGCCGACAACUGGCAACGUCGCUGGCUUCGGUUGUCCUGUUUGAGGAAGAGAUCAGGCGGGGCCAGAAGGCAGCCAAGCUGGCUGCACAGGAUCGUAUUGAGCUGUCACAACAACUCGCCGCUCGAACGCAGGAAGCCAAGGAUAGCGAGACAAGGUUUACCCGGAUGGCUGAAUUCUCUCCCGCUGGUCUGUUCAUCGCUGACUCCGAUGGCCACAUCACGUACUGCAACGAUACCUGGUACGACAUUACGCGUGUAGCGAAGAACCCCUAUGACACGGAUAACUGGAUCGAGGAAGUCAAGGACGAAGACCAGACCAUGGUUCGACGAAUGUGGUUCAACCUCGUAGAGAACACCGAGCCGGUCACCGUAGAGUUCCGCUUCAAAGCACCCUGGGAAGACCGCAACGGUAACAAGAGCGAGACAUGGGUGCUGUUCAGCGCGUAUCCGGAGAAGACCGAGCAGGGCUUUCUCAAGAGCGUCUUCGGCAGCAUUACGAACAUCAGCUCAAUGAAAUGGGCCGAGGGCUGGCAAAAGCGGAAGAUGGAGGAAGCUUACGAAAUAAAACGCCAGCAGGAGAACUUCAUCGACAUAACCAGCCACGAAAUGCGAAACCCCCUGAGCGCGAUACUGCAGUGCGCAGAUGAGAUUGCGCAUUCGUUGACCGAGUUCCGCAACUUGAAGACGGACAGGAUUAGCGAGGAGCUGGUUAACGACACCAUCGAUGCAGCACAGACAAUAUCGCUCUGCGCUUGCCAUCAAAAGCGCAUCGUUGAUGACGUGCUGACGUUGUCCAAGCUCGACUCCGCCAUGCUCCUGGUAACACCCGUCGACGUCCAACCCCUAGACGUUGUCUCCAGAGCUCUCAAAAUGUUCGAGGGCGAACUCGCGGAUGCCGACAUCCAGAUGAAGUUCGUAGUUAACGAAUCGUUCAAAAGGCUCGGCAUCGAUUGGGUCCGCAUCGAUCCCUCGCGCGUCCUGCAGGUCCUGAUUAACCUCACAACCAACGCGAUCAAGUUCACCACAUCCGAGAAGAGGCGGACCAUCACCGUGACCGUGGCAGCUUCUACACAGAAGCCUUCCCAAUUGGAGAAUCGGCUCGUCGACUACUUCCCUACCCGCUCGAAGCGCGUCGACAUAACCCAGGGACCUGACUGGGGCACUGGCGACGAAGUCUACAUCCACUUCGCCGUGCAGGACACUGGUCGCGGCCUCACAGAGGAAGAGAAGAAGGUGUUGUUCCUGCGCUUUUCGCAAGCCAGUCCCCGGACGCAUGUACAAUACGGCGGCUCGGGCCUAGGUCUCUUUAUCUCGCGCGAGCUGACCGAGCUGCAAGGCGGCGAGAUCGGCGUGGCGUCGGAGGCCGGCAAGGGCAGUACGUUUGCGUUCUAUGUCAAGGCCAGGCGAACCUCCCCUCCGAAGGACGAUAGCGAUCAGCCGUUCCCACCGCUCAAGUAUGUGGACGGCAAGAACAACAGGAACAGGAUAGAAAACAAGACCAAAACAAAGGACUUCGCGCCUACUGUCUCCAAGCCGCCGAAGUCGCAGGACGCGGCCACCAAAGCUGGAAAGGACAGGUUAAAGGUCUUGAUCGUUGAAGACAACCUCGUAAACCAGCGCGUCCUUCAGAAGCAGCUCAAGAACCAGGGCUUCGCGACCUACGUCGCCAACCACGGCGGCGAGGCACUAGACCAGCUGCGGGCAUCCAACUUCUGGCACGACCACGGCAAGCCGCUGCACCUCAACGUCGUGCUCAUGGACCAGGAGAUGCCCGUCAUGGACGGCCUUCAGUGCACGAAGCGCAUCAGGGAGUGGGAGGAGAGCGGGCUGUUGGUCAGACAUGUGCCGAUUAUCGCGGUUACGGCGAAUGCGCGGGCGGAGCAGAUUGAGGCGUUGGUGGCUGCGGGGAUGGACGACGUGGUUUCAAAGCCAUUUCGCAUACCGGAGCUCGUGCCAAAGAUCGAAGAGCUGGCGGCUAGGUAUGGGGGGGGAGGGGAAUAG